CGCGUCAUGAAAAACAUGGCGGAUUAGUUUGUGCAUGGGGUCCGCUACCAGCUAGCUAUCUUCGAUAAAUGUAAGCCUAUUUCUCCCAGCAAAUGAGAUAUUUUUGAACGGGUCAAAAUGUUCCGUCGGUCAAGAUUUAGUAUCCGGCCCAAUGUUGGUGCUACAGGAAAAACAGCAUCAACACCUCAGGAAUCCCCUUCAGCAAGUCAGGAGACCAGUGAGACCCCUAACGACGUUGGUGAGAGCUCCACUGCUACUGCUGUUACAGAUAACAAGCCUGCUGUGACCCCAUCAGAAACACCUACAGUCCCAGGGGAUGGUAUUGACCAACAUGUGGAAGGUACCAGCUCCUCAGCAGCCCUCCAGAGAAGGAAGCGGUUUUCCAUCAAGCCUAAAGUGGCCCCAGGCCGCCCCUCUAUUGCUGCUCGGAAAACAAGAACCCCUGUCAAGUCAGCCUCUGAAACCCCUGUUUCAGACCAUGACAAGCCAAAUACGUCCAGCCAAACUGGGACUGCAUCAGCCCCUCAGAGACUGCAGUCCCCAAGGCGACGGAGACCUUCAGAAGAGAGCAAGCAGCAAAUAAUUCAACCCAAACCAACCACCAUCCUUUCAGAGCCUUCAGUUAUACCUACAGCUGAGGACUCUACAGAAAAUAAAUCUUUGCUGGCGAACACUGGCAAAGAAUUUGAAAACAUUUCAGCCAGUCAAGGAAAUGAAGCUUCUUUCCGUCUCCCGGAUAAAGUGCCCCUCUCUCUACCAGACAAAGAAGCUAUUGCAAUAUCAGAGAAAGCCAGGACUCUAAUGUCAUCUAAGAGUAGGCUGUCACUGUCAACACCAGCGUUCUCCCUGAGUCGCCUCCUGAAUGACCCUUCAGACUUACAGAGGCUUGCAAAGGCCCAAAAACUCAGAGACCUGCUCAGAGAGGAGAUGCACAAAGAAAAGGUAAACUCAGAUUAUUCAAAAACUAAGAGAUCUAAGAAAAGGGAAAAGGAAUUUGACUUAGAUCCUGCCAAAAUGACCAUGAGGGACCUUAUCCGUUAUCUACCACAGUCCAACCCCAUGACAUCUAGUUUGGAAGAGUCAGUUGUAGAGAAUGAGACUGUGGUCCCACCUUCUCCAGGAGGACAAAACGUCCCAGAGAAAGUGCAGGAACCCGAGUUCGUCCCAAAAAUGCCAAGCCAGUGUGAGGAGGAAGCAGAGGCGGAUGAGGAGGAAGAGGAGGAGGAGGAGGAUGAUGAUGCUGAUGCUGUGAUGGUUCCUCGGGUCAAAGUUGCAGAGGACGGCACACUGAUCAUUGAUGAAGAGAGCUUGACCGUGGAAGUCCAGAGAGCCAAAGGGCCAAAUCCAGCAAAUGAGCGAGACCCCGUCUUUGAGCGUGGCUCCACUACAACUUACUCAAGCUUCAGGAAAGGGACCUACUGCAAACCCUGGUCCAGCGAAGAGACAGACAUGUUCUUCCUGGCAAUCAGUAUGGUGGGAACAGACUUUUCCAUGAUUUGCCAGCUGUUUCCUCUGAGAGCACGAUCAGAGAUAAAGAACAAAUUUAAAAAAGAAGAGCGAGAGAAUUCCUGGAGGAUUGACAAAGCUUUCAGAGAAAGGCGCAAACUGGACAUUGAGUAUUUUUCUAAACUCUUAGAAAAGAUACUAGAAGUUCAUAAAAACAGGAAGAAACUGAAGGCAAUGGCUGAGAAGAAACCUCCAAAGGAGCGCAAGAAAAGAGAAAAGGGCCGGAAAAAAGCUGGGAAGAAGCUGAGUGUUGUGGAGGAGGAAGAUGAGGAAGAGCAGAAGGAAAAUCCUGAUUUGGAGAAAGAGGGAGAGAAGGAGAAUGAGGACCUCUGUAAUGAGGCGGGAACCACUGCUGUUAAGUCUAAGAAAAAACGCAAAAUAAAGAAUACCUCGACUGAGGAACCAAAGGACAAGAAAAACAAAACGGAUAAAAAGAGCAAUGAACAAGAUGAGGCCUUUAUACCUGGAGACAAAGAGGCAGCACUUCCUGAGGACUGUCAAAAAUCAGACAUGUCUGAAAAGACUGAGGGAGCCAAGGAUGGCACGAUCAAGCCUGCCAAACUUUCCCGAGGCAGAGCACCAAAACCACUGCUGCCGUUGGGCCGGAAGAGGGUUAAAAAGCCCCCACCUCCCUCCACCAAGACCAACGAUGAUGCAUCAGAUAAAGGAGAGGAGAGUGUGAUUGAUGGAGUAUCCACAGAGCAGGUAAAAAAAGAUACAUCACCUUCAAGGCAAGACCAAAAUAGUAAGUCAGCCAAUAAUGAUCAUUCCUCUGAAGAGGAGGAAGCAACCGCUCAACCUCCAAAACCUACCAGGUAUGGAAGAGUGCCUAAACCCACCAAGCCCUUGAAUUACUCUGCCAAAGAGGCUGCACCCGCCUCUGCAUCCGAAACCAGUCCUGCCUCACCAGAUGCGUCCACUGCUUCUGCUGCCAGGCCUAAACCCAAAUCCACAGCCAAGAGGGGAAGAUCAUCAAAGCAGCAAUCAUCCCAAGAGUCCAAAAAGCCUAAAUUAGUCACCCUCAGGGCUUCUCAGUCAGAAUACAGUGAUGAGGAGGAUGAAAAGCAGCGAGAGGAAGAAGAGUUGGAGGAGGAGGAGGAGCACGCUGCAUGCAGUCCAAGUAGGGACAGCUCUGCCCCCGUAUUUGUGCCUGCCAUUCUGCGCUCCCCACAUCCUGUCAUCUCAGAAGUGGAAGAGACAAUGGAGGAGCUUGAUAUCUUGGCCACUAUGCCUGAUGUGUUGGGCAUCUCCCAAAAUGCACUCUGCCCUGAUGACUCUUGCGAGUGGGCACAAAAAGAAACAGGCACAGCUGAACCCUGCGAACAUCAGCUGGACCUGCUUGUUGAUGUUAUUGACUUCCUUUCUAUAGACCAUGCAGAAGUAUCUGAGGACGAGAGCUACAAUGAGGCUGCUCAAACCCUGUUGACCAUUGGGAACCUGGCUCACCUCUCACAGUCAGCACAGAAUCAAAUAGCCAUAGAAGAUCAAUUAACAGGGACAACAUCAGACAGUGUGAAUGAAACCAGCGAACAGCUAGAAGAAGAGGUUGCAACAAAGAUUGAUGCAGAAAAGGAAAACCGUGCCACUCCUGUUAUGUCUGCAACUUCUCUUAAUGAAGUCACAGAAACGUCCGAAACUGUUACCAUAGUGGAGCUACAAAACAUUAUUGACAAUAAUGACAUCCCCAUUCUUGAAUCCAGUGAUCAGAGGACAGGUUCUGAUAUGGAUCCUACCUCUCAAUUGACCUCAAAGACAGAUUCUCCACCGACCAGGAGAGCACGAUUAUCCAAGGUGAAACCAAAACCUAACCUAGGCCAAGCUUCAAGGACUGCUCAGUCAAAAUCACAACCGGUGACAUCAACAGUAAGGGCAGCUGAAGAAAGCCCAUCGGCGGCUCCUGACCUUUCUCAAGCCCCUUGUCCUAGUCCUGCUUUGGAUAUGAAACCGUCAGUAGAUUUAGCCUCUACUCCUACUCUCACAGAAGAACUCUCAGGUGUAUCAGGUGCAACAACAUCACAUCGGCGUGCCUCAGAAAACAAGGACAUCUCUGAAGCCCAGUUUGAAAUCAGAAGGGAACCAGACACGAGAGACACAAGGCCAACAGAUGAAGAUAUGAUGUCUCAUGUUGGGACAUCUGAGAUGAGUUGUAAUAAUCCACUGACAUCUGACACCGUUGUCGCUGAAAUGCAGAUUGGACAAGGAUCAAACGGCGACCAUCCUGCUUCAUGUGUUAAACCUUUGGAAGAGUUACCUGUCAGUGAGAAAGAAAAAGGUGAGGUCAAAUCUACAACUCAAACAAGGAAAAGUCGAUUCCAGAAAAUCAAACCCAAUCCCAACCUAACACAGACAUCAAGGUCCAUACAUUCUAAAGCUCAAACCUCAAAAGACACCUUAGAGAAAGACUCAGACUCAACUCCAGUUAGCAAAUUCCAUGAAAAAACAAUAGCAGAGCCAACUUUCACCACCUCAACUGAAAAACAAAGUCAAAGUGAUGUUCCUCAUGUUCCAGAGUUGACAGAUGAAGUUCUGAUGUCAGAUGUGAAAUCUGAGAGUAGAUGUAAUAAUCCACUGAAAUCUAAAGCAGCAGCCACAGACUUGCAGCUUGGACAAGGGUCCAUCAAAGGCUCUGUCCAAGAGAGCAAAGACCAUCCUGCUACAUGUGUGACACCUGUUGAAAAGUUACCUGUCGGUGAGAAAGAAGGGAGUGAAGUCAGAUCUACAAGUCAGGCAAGGAAAAGUCGAUUCCAGAAAAUCAAACCCAAUCUCAACCUAGCACAGACAUCAAGGACUGUACGUUCUAAAGCCCAAACUUCAAAAGACAACGUAGAGAAAGACUCGGACUUGACUCCAACUACCAGAUUCCAUGAAAAAACAAUAGCAGAGCCAACUUUCACCACCUCAACUGAAAAACAAAGUCAAAGUGAUGUUCCUCAUGUUCCAAAGUUGACAGAUGAAGUUCUGAUGUCAGAUGUGAAAUCUGAGAGUAGAUGUAAUAAUCCACUGAAAUCUAAAGCAGCAGCCACAGACUUGCAGCUUGGACAAGGGUCCAUCAAAGGCUCUGUCCAAGAGAGCAAAGACCAUCCUGCUACAUGUGUGACACCUGUUGAAAAGUUACCUGUCGGUGAGAAAGAAGGGAGUGAAGUCAAAUCUACAAGUCAGGCAAGGAAAAGUCGAUUCCAGAAAAUCAAACCCAAUCUCAACCUAGCACAGACAUCAAGGACUGUACGUUCUAAAGCCCAAACUUCAAAAGACAACGUAGAGAAAGACUCGGACUUGACUCCAACUACCAGAUUCCAUGAAAAAAUAAUAGCAGAGGUUGAAGCGGAGCCAACUUGCACCGCCUCUCCUUCUGAAAAACCAAGUCACAGUCCUGGCCCUUCUUCAGACUGUAGACCAUCAUUGGAUUUUGGGAUAACUCUUAAACCUACAGAGGAACUGUCUACAACUGAGGAGAAAGAGACAGACCUUGAAGUUGUAUCAGGCUCAACAACAACACAACAGAGUGCCUCAGAAACCCAGAACCUCUCUGAGGCCCAGUUUGAACGCAGUAGGGGACAGAAAACCAGAGACACAAAGCCUGCAUCUGAGUCAACUGAAGAAUCUGCUUCAUCUGUUACACCAGUAAUAGAGUUACCUGUCAGUCAGAAAGAAGCGAGUGAAGUCAAAUCUUCUUGUAAGACUAUUAGAAUAUGUUUACAUCAAGUCAAACCCAAAUCCAACUUAUCACAGAUGUCGAGAACUGCGCAUUCAAAGCCUCAAGUCACUAAAGACCCAUACCUACCCAUGCCUCAGGCAGAGACAUGCUCCAGCCCAACUUCAAGACCUAAUUUACCUGAAAAGACAACAGCAGAGGCACAGCCAUCUUGCAGUACCAUCCCUUCUGAACAACCUAGCCAUAGCACUGCGUCAGUAUCAGUACAAUCAUUGGAAUUAGACUCCACUCCUAAAACCAUAGAACAAAACAAAAAUGUUGCAUGUGAGCUAGAGUCAAGCUCAGAGGGCUCUGAACAAAGUGUUUCACAAAGAAGGCAGCGCUUUCCAAAGGUCAAACCCAAUUUAGGAUCAUCUCUUAGAACUACACGCUCAAAACUGCAGUCAAAUGAUAUCUGUAAACCAGCAGAGCAGUGUCAUAUGGAAACCUCUUUAACCACAGAACAACAGCCUUCUGAUAAUAAUGACGCAGGACCUGGUUCGCAAAGUGAGUGCAAACAGGACAUGUUCUUUAAAGCUACAAAGACAAUUACACAACCAACAGAUGGCCCAACAACAGUUUCCGAUGUCCAGUCUUCAGGAGAUGGGUCAACAGAGUCCCAAAUUGUCUCCAUGCAAUCUACUAAUACAUACUCCACACCAGAUCCAAAAGAAAGCACUCAGGAGCCACCUACAGAAAAUGACCCUGAGGCACCAAGUCAAGAUGCAGUUCAACAAUCUUCUGAAACCAAUGAAACAAGUGUCAAAAGCCCUGAUGAUAAACGGCCAGAGCCAACAGACUCUCCCUCUGGAAAAGCUCCCCCGACUCGUAGAGGCCGACUUAUUAAACCCAAACCCACCCUGGGACACAGCAGACGGCCUCCACAACACGUCAAGAAUACACAACAAGCAGAAGCAGAUGCUGAUACUUCACUGCGAAGCUCAACAAAAGUAAUUGAACAACUGAGUCAACAUGAACCCCUUGUAGAGGUUUCUGGAUUGUCUACUGGUUGCACGACAGGUACUCAGGAUGCAUCAACAUCAAGUGCAGGAGGGACCCAAGGUCAUCCCAGCUUCACAACAUUUCCAGACAUGAUGUUGCCUCAGGAUCCUUCUGAUCCAGAUGAACCGUUCUUCAUCCUCUCUCUGACCGAGAUCCCAGUCAGCUCAUCUGGGGAGGGGGUGGACAGUGUGUCUGAGCCCCUCCCUUCUCUUCCUGUAACAGAUGCUCCAAUAGAGCAACAGAGUGUUCCUGGAGAGAGUUUGGCAACAGCAGAAGAGCAGCCUUCACCUAAUGUCACUGUGCCUGUGCCCAUGGAGGACAGUAAUGAGACAGGCGUCAUACAUGUGAAAGACCCAGAUGAUGGUUCAACUGAGGGGAAUCAAGUGGACCCACAUGAGAGAACUACAGUUCAUCCAUCUACAGUACAAGAGACUGGACAGAAUAAAGAUGAGACUGAAAUUCCCCCGACAAAGGAAAGACAAACAGGCACUAGAAGAAAAGAAAUGGCCAAACCGCAGGUGAAGCCCAAAAUGACAAAGAGGAAACAAACCAGCAAGACUGCCGCUGCUAAGAAAGCUGAGUCCCUCCCCAUCCAAACAGACACCACGGAGCAGUUAGAGCUUCCUGGGCCUUCUGUGCAGCCAGAGGCUUCUGACGACACUGAGCCACAGAGAGGAAGGGCUGAUCAUGUAGAAGUGGAAAAGGAGACUCUGACUGAUGUUGUGGACCCUGAGGGCACCAGCUCAGGAGCAAAAACGACACGGACUAGUAGUCGGAAUAGAAAAGCAAAGGAUUCUGACCCUGGCAAAGCAGCUUCUAAGAGCCCUAAGGUGAAAACUCCUCGUGCAAAAGGAAAAAAAUCAACCCCGGCAGCUGUAGCCUCAACACCAUGUGAAGUCACCCCAAAACCCGGUCCGAAACCGGGGCAACAUGCUUCAGAGCACAGCCGACUACGCUCAGAGCAAACUCCUAGCACUUCCCUUUGUCCAGCUGAGGGUUCAACUUCUCAGCCAAGUGAAUAUAUGGAGAGCAGCUCUCUAGAGGAGGAGCCCACCAGUGUGUCUCAGUACUUCCUAAGUGACAUUUUUACAGAUGCUGAGUCCCUCCCCAUCCAAACAGACACCACGGAGCAGUUGGAGCUUCCUGGGCCUUCUGUGCAGCCAGAGGCUUCUGACGACACUGAGCCACAGAGAGGAAGGGCUGAUCAUGUAGAAGUGGAAAAGGAGACUCUAACUGAUGUUGUGGACCCUGAGGGCACCAGCUCAGGAGCAAAAACUACACGGACUAGUAGUCGGAAUAGAAAAGCAAAGGAUUCUGACCCUGGCAAAGCAGCUUCUAAGAGCCCUAAGGUGAAAACUCCUCGUGCAAAAGGAAAAAAAUCGACCCCGGCAGCUGUAGCCUCAACACCAUGUGAAGUCACCCCAAAACCCGGUCCGAAACCGGGGCAACAUGCUUCAGAGCACAGCCGACUACGCUCAGAGCAAACUCCAGCUGAGGUUUCAACUUCUCAGCCAAGAAUAUAUGAAUAUAUGGAGGAGGAGCCCACCAGUGUGUCUCAGUACUUCCUAAGUGACAUUUUUACAGAUGCUGAAGAGGGGUGACAGCUGUGAAGAGUCUGGGAAAGAGGAGGAACCCACUGGUGGUUUGCUCUUUUUACAUUUCUGAUGUGUUAAGUUAUAGAUUAAUUUAUAACUAAGUGUUUUUUGUUGCUUUUGCUGUCAGUUAUAAUUAAAUUAAGAUAUAUUUGCUAUACUUACACAAGCACUUUGAAUAUGUACAGUUGUUUCAAUUGACUGAAAAUUAUUUUUAAAAAGCCAGUAUCAAAUAAUGAAUAUUACAUUGUACAAAUUAAUAACUCAAACACCGGUAAAUCACUUGUUUCAUUUAAUGAGGAUUUUUACAAUAAUCCAUUAUGUUUCACGCCUCAGAUACCUUUUUUUAGUUACCUGGGAAAAUGUAAAUAUUGUACACUGGCUUUUUUGAUUGUUCUUUUUCAUAUCUGUUCCAUGAAAAAACCCGGAUUACUUGACAUCAUGUAUAUAUGUACAUAUUGCAAAUGUUAAUUCAUCUUUUUGUAUUUGACAAAAAACAAUGUCUUAAAAUGUGCUUUUCCAUUUCGAAAACUGAAUUUCCUUUUUAAAUGGCUUCAUUUUAUCCUGCAAACACACCCCAUGUAAAGUUAAGGUAGUCAACUUGUAUUUAAAAUAAGCUCUCAUUGAGACAUUUUGUUGUACUGUACAUAAUGUUGUUCAGUUCAAUGUUAAAGAGGUCCUUGUAGAGAUUCAAAGCAUUCUUUGUAUUAUGUUUGAUACUUGAAACAAAGGCACAUCAUGUGUUAUUAUGUUUUAUAAGUUCAUUAAAAUAACACAUGGAAUUCUGUAAGGUCUGAAUAAAAUGUAUUCUUCCA